AUGAGAUGUGAAAGACCCACCAAUCUAAAAGAGGACAGUCAGAAACUGAUGAGCCGCAAGUCGAAAACUAAGUCCUCUAAAAAGAGAGCCCAGAACGCUCUGGAAAUUGCCGCCAAAGAGCUAGGUGAUUCAAGCGAAGAGGAGGUGGGGUUUUCUAAUGAUCUUCGCCGCAAUGGUACGAUAGUGAACCCUCACAAGACCGCUUCUGAUGAUGAAGAAGAAGAGAUUGAAGACGAAGAGAUUGACUCUGAUGAGGCGCUCGGAUCUGACGAUGAAUUUGAUGUCAUGAGCUCUAAGUUUUCUCAAACUAUCAGGGACAAAAGAAAGACUACAGGUGGUUCAGGAAGUCAAGAUGAAGAUGAAGAAGCAGGCUACACGUCCAUUGAUGAAGAUGAGCUCAUGCCUCUGUCUGCUGUCUGGGAUAUGGAUGAUAGCUCCGAGCGUGUGGGAAAGUCUGUUAAAAUCGAUCAGGAACUCAAACUUGACGAUGAUGACGUUUCGUCCAACAGUGAGGAGUCUGACGACGAGGACGAAGAUGAGGAAGAGGAGGAAGAGGAAGAAGAGGAAGAAGAAAACCCAUUUGAUGAAGUUUCUGAUGAUGAAGAUAUCGAGCUUAACAACGUCGCCGCGAAUCUCAAGAAAGGCUCCGAAAAAGCCUUAUAUCGUAAGCUAGAAAGUUCGAUGGUUGGUGAAGAGAACGAAUACGCCCUUCCGGCAUUUUCUUCUGAAAGCAGGAAGUUAAACCUGGCCGAUAUGAUGAAUGCCGUUGACGAUAAAGAGGCAAUCGAGAAAGCUGCUUUAAUGAAAGGAAAAAAUGAAGCUCUAAAUGUGCCCCUCCCACAACGCAUUCAACAGAGACAUGACCGUAAGGCCGCUUAUGAGAUCUCUAAAGAAGAAGUUAACAAAUGGAGAGAUGUCGUCCAACAAAACAGGCAGGCGGAGCAUUUGUCGUUCCCCAUAAACCCCGCGGUUCAGCACAACGAUGCAUCGAUGUUCACUCGGUCUACAAACUCUCCAGAAACGGAGCUUGAAAAACAAGUUGACUCUCUGCUGGCAAACAGCAACAUAAGCAAUCCUCAGAAAGAGUCCACAUUUGAAGAGAUUGCAACCGCUAAGAUGUCCCCAGAAGAGGCCAAGAAAAGAACAGCAGAGCUCCGCUUGAUGAGGGAGCUUAUGUUUAGAGAGGAAAGAAAAGCCAAAAGGAUAAAGAAGAUCAAAUCAAAAGCUUACCGUCGCAUAAAGAAGAAGGAGAUGCUAAGAAACAAGGAAUUGAUAGAGGAAUCAGAUGAAGAAGACAGAGAAGAUCGCGAUACAGCUCGUGCACGCGAGAGAAUGACUUUGAAGCACAAAACGACUUCUAAGUGGGCUAGAGACAUGGUAAAGCAUGGCAUGACUAAAGACAAGGAAACUAGAGAAGAAAUGGAGGAGAUGCUAAGGCAAGGCGAGCGCCUGCGGUCCAAGAUUGUUGGUCAUGAAUCUGGAAGCGAAGAAGAUAGCGGUAUCAGCGAUAUUGAGCAGGAUGAUAACACUAGAUCUAACGAAGAGGAAUCGGAGCUUCGAGCAAAACUUGGGAAAAGUGGUGUUAUGAACAUGGCUUUCAUGAAACAUGCCGAGGCUAGACACGCCGAAAUCAACAAGGAGAGGAUAGCUGAAUUACGCUCUUUAGAAACUGGUGAAGACAACACAGAAUUUGAAAAGCUUGAUAACAACGCCUCAACCGGUGCGAAUAUAACCAUUAAUGCUGGCCGCAGAAUAUACACACCUGGCACGGAGGAAAGCAAAGGUCAGCUUUCAGACAUUGAGAAAUCAAUCAAAGAAGAUCUCGAAGACGACAAGUCCACGUCUCUUGCCGGCCGCCUGUCAAAAGGUGGAAAGAAAAAUGGCAGCAAGAAAAAAGCGGAUUCUGCAAAAACUGCACAAACGAACAGACAAGCGGAUGACUUUAACCCAUGGCUCGACGGAGGCGAUGACAAGCAUGUGAAAAAAUCAAAUAAAGUGACAGUCAUCGACGAGAACAGUUCAAAACUUGUCAAGAGCGCCAACAAAAUAGCGAAGCAGAAGGCUAAGCUAGAGUCCAAGUCGAAAGGCCAGAACGCGAAGGAGGAGGGUGUUUUGCUUGAUGUUGACAGUUCUAACAAGUUGCAGAUUGUUGACCCUCGUUCUCAAGGUGACGAGGAUGUUGAUGGCUUUAUCUUCAAGCAGCAAGAUAUCAUUGCAGAGGCUUUUGCCGGAGAUGACGUUGUUGACAAGUUUGAGCAAGAAAAAAAGCGGGUGGCGAUUGACGAAGAUGACAAGGUUGAAGACGUCACCUUGCCUGGAUGGGGUGAUUGGGCCGGCGCUGGGUCGGCACCAAAUAAGAGAAGGAAAUUGAAAAAGGUGAAAGGGACAGUCCAGAAAGACAAGAGAAAAGAUAAAAAUUUGAAGAAUGUCAUUAUCAAUGAGAAAGUGAACAAGAAGAACUUGAAAUAUCAAUCAUCGGCUGUUCCUUUCCCAUUUGAAAGUAGAGAACAGUAUGAGAGAUCCCUUAGAAUGCCUCUAGGUCAAGAAUGGACGUCUAGGACAGCCCAUCAGCGCAUGAUCAAGCCCAGAAUCUUAACAAAGCCUGGAACUGUGAUUGAUCCUCUGAAAGCCCCCUUUAAGUGA